AUGGAUGAAGAAGUCGAUCCUCGCACACCGCGCGAAAAGGCACUGUUCUAUACCACGGCUUUCUUUAUCCUGCUUGGCACCUUCAGCCUGUUCGCUUUCCUGUUCCUGGUACCGUUCGUGAUCGAACCAGCUUUCCAGACUAUUUUCAUGCAGUUCGAUGAGUCACCGGCCCUGUGCGUGACCGCCUACAAUGAGCACCUGUACGGGGCGAAGAACUGCUCCUGGGCGUCGUGUCGCGAAGGCUGCACCAAGGACAUCUACGAGUGCCAGCAGAUACGCGUCAAUUACAAGACGGCCGCCCAGCUAGCGGCCGCCGCAGCGAAAGAGGCCGCCGGUGGUGACGCACCCGAUCCGGCCCCAUCGGACAUAGUGCCCUCGGCCCAGUCAGGCCGGCCGACGAUGUCCUCUUCGACAAAAACCACUGGUGAUAGUAGCAUUAGUAAGGACGAUAGUAGAGAUAAUAAUAUAGCUAGUAGUACCAAUAGCAUAGCCAGCUCGACGGGUAAACAACCGAUCAGCACGAGCGACGGUGCGAGCGGGGCGUCCCGACCGACCGGUGUUGUCGGUGGUGGUGGUGGAGGCAAUAGUCGAUACGGAAGUCCUUUGAAUCGUUUCGAGCGCGCGAUUCGAGCCGAUUACGAUUAUGGUGACCUGCUGGUAGGGAACAGCAAUGGCGGAUUCGGCGAUCACAAGAACGGCUUCAUCAGCUCGAUCAUCGACGACGAGAACGCCUUCAUCGAGUACCCGGAGGAGAUGACUGGGCUGAUGGGUAACAACUCCGAGUGGUAUUUCACGGGCGCCCGUCUUUAUCCGAAUGUCAAGGGUUGUGGCUACCCGCCAAUGUUGAACUGCACCAUCUGGACCAAGAAGUACUGGAAGAUCGGCACGAACUUCACCUGCUACUACUCGCGUGUCGAUCCGGAGCUCGUGAUCAGCGAUCUGGAUAUGUGGCAGAACACGCUCAACCUGGUGUAUGCGAUGGCGAUCCCGAUACCGUCAUUCAUCAUCUCAGUGAUCUACCUGGCAUUCGCGUACUUUGUCAUCUUCAACGAAGAUGAGGAAGCCGCCCUGUUGGAUAAGAACGGUGAGGAAGAGGGCGCCGAAGAUGAGCUGCAGGAGACGGACGAGGGCAACGACAACAAGAUCAACAACGAGAACGAAGUCGAAGUCACCGCGAAUCACAUCAACGAGAAGCAACAACUGCAGCAGCAUGAGACGACGGAUGAUGACAACGGGCAAUCAACGACGACUACGCCGAUCCAACCGUUGCCGAAUGGCACUGCCAACUCCAUCAACAACACACAUACCAACACUACCGCGACUACCAACACGAACGGUUCGUCCAAGCCGAUCACGCCGAACUCCACUUCUGAUCUAAACUCCUUCGGUCACCAGCUGAAAGUGAAAAUGGCGGAUGAAAUGUCUCGCGAAAGCAUCGACGGCGGUCUACUAUCGAAUUCGGCAUCAUUUCAAGGAAACUUGAGCAAAACGAUGACGACCAGUAUCUCAACUCCACCUGGUCCGAUAGCCGCAGUCUGAAACGUCAAGUGCAUGGUCUGGAGG